GGUACAAGCGAUAUAACCAGUCCUGUAUUUGGCGAGAAGACAUCGACAUGGCAGGCUUCUUAAAUUCAAGCACUGCUGCCGUUAUGGCUUCUAUCGCACUGCUGGUGGGGAUGUUGAUGUUUAAUACAUCUCUGAUACUGGUGUUUGUUACUGUAUUACUAAUACUAUGGCUGUCAACACGGCGUCCUGCUGGAUUACCACCCGGACCCCAACUUCUACCACUGGUGGGCAACAUUUUUUCAAAUGGGCGACGAUCCCCGAGUUACUUUUAGCAAUCUGCGACGACAGUACGGCGACAUCUUCAGCGUGUACAUCUUCCACAAGCCGGUCAUCGUCCUCAACGGCUACGAUGUUAUCAAGGAGGCCCUGGUCAAGAACGCCGACGUUUUUUUCAGACAGGGCUCAUUCCUUUCUCACGGAUGUUUUCAGUGGGGGCAAAGGAAUAUUAAGCACCAACGGCGAUACAUGGAAGGACAUGAGAAGGUUCGCUGUCACCACUCUCAGAGAAUUUGGUUUCGGAAGGUCAAUCCUUGAAGAGAAGAUACAGCAAGAGUUGAAUACACUUUUGGAAGCAUUCGAGGAAGAGGGUUCGGAGGAAUUUGAUUGUAAACGACCGAUCCACAAUGCUACGUCCAAUAUCGUCGCUGAUCUUUGCUUCGGAAAGCAUUAUGAAUACAAUGACCCACGCUUCGUAAAGCUGUUAGACGCAGUGGAAGACAUUUUUAGCAUCAUGGGAACUUCAAACAUUCUUGAUGUGUUUCCAGCCGUGAGAUACCUUCCGGGAGAUUUCUUUAACUAUAAACGUCUUGUGAAAAACAUCAAGGUACUGGAUGAUGAGGUAGGUCGACUCGUUGAGGACCGCGUCAACAACUAUGACGGGGACAACGUUGAAGAUUUCGCCACAGCUUUCAUAAAAGAGGUACGACGCAGCAAGCAGGGAGGCGAGACGUUUGAUGAAAGUCACGUACAUAUGGUUCUGCUUGACAUCUUUACCCCCGGAACGUAUGAUAACGCCAACAGCAUCAAAUGGUCACUUCUACAUCUACUCCACUACCCGGAAGUCCAAGAGAAGUGUUUCCAGGAGAUCAAAGAACAGAUUGGACUGGAGAAAAGACCAACGAUGAUGGACAAAAGCAAACUUCCUUACGUUGAGGCUACCUAUUCAGAAGUAUUGCGAAACGCAGAUAUGGUACCCACAGCGGUGCCGUACACCGUCACCAGCGAUGUACAGUUCAUGGGCUACACGUUCCCUGAAGGUGUCACUGUUAUCCCCGUUCUAAACUCAGUGCUUCACGAUCAGGCGACGUGGGGGGAUCCUCAAAAUUUUAGACCUGAGCGAUUUCUGGACGAUAAAGGGAAAUUCCAAAAGAGAGAGGAAUUCGUGCCUUUUUCCCUUGGACGCCGAGCGUGUUUAGGACAGCCCCUGGCUCGUAUGGAACUAUUCCUGAUUCUGACCAGCUUGAUUCAGAAGUUUAAGUUCGUCCCUCCAAGUGGAACGCUGCAACCCCUGAUAGGAAUAAUGGGUAUUGCCAACAAUGCUCCCUCUUUCAAGUGCAAAGCCAUACCAAGGAACGUUUGAGAGACUGACGCUGUAUCAGAAUCGUUAUAUGUGCUUGUACUUAAUGUUUCUAUGUGAAACGUUUCCAAUUUCUGUUGUUGAGAACCGACACCUCAAUGUAACAUUGGAAACCACGACUAACAGUAUCGGUUCAAAAUGAAAUGUCCAGACAUCUUAGUUCAUUUUUAAAUGCUAAUACACUCGCUGUCGGGCAUGACUCACAACUGAUAUUUUAACCUCGAAACAGACGCAUAAAUACAUACAAGAGUGGUUCUAGGUUAACGUCGUACCCAUCAGAAUAUGCACUAUACGAUUACAAAGGCAUAGAAGAGACACUAUCCCUUUUUGAUCCAGCUUUAAAAUGAUACAUGAGCGUAUCACCAGCAACGAUUAACCUUUUCAUCUGUUUUAAUAGUUGUUUUUUAUGUCUGACUUGCAUAGCAAUAUAGUUUUCCCAUAUUUGGAUCAACAGUUUACUUUACUUCCUUAGCUUACAUAAUCGGAGUGUAUUUAGUCCCUGCUCACCAUACGUUUCAGUCGUACAAUGGACUCUGGAGAGGGUUUUGUUGUUUAUAUCCGCGUAGAUAGAGACAUGUUUACAUAGAAAGUGGUAUGUAAAACUUCUUUUGCAUUUGCAUAUGAAUACUUUGAGAUUUGCAUUGUUAUACAUGUAUAUCUAUACCUAUAUGAAUACUUUGAUGGUAUAAAGUUAUAAAAAAAUCA